GAGGACCUGACCGGGUGAAUAUGUCUGCUGUGACGCUUCAAAUUCACCCUCCCUGCAUCGAGAAACAGAUGUGACAACCACCGUGAUUUCGUCGACAUCAAGACACCGAGAAGCAACCUCUUCAAGAUGCCAGUGAAGCUCCUUGCAACCAACCCUUUCACUGAACCAGCCCGCCUGGAAUAUGAACCGUCACCCUCACCAGCAACGCGCACCUAUCGCUGGAAAAGACCCCUCGGAGUUCUACCCCAGCAUCUAAGACCGAGUAACAACCAAACCCGAGGGGGACUCGUGUUGGCUGGACGGUCAAACAAUCAGGCCAGGUUAUCAGAUGCCAGACAGUUGUACAGCAUGACACAGGUCGCUACUGAGCAUCUCAAAUCAGCUUCGCAGCAAGGUUUUCGGGAGGAGACUAAGAGUUGUGAUUUAGACUCUUACAGACUUGGAACUCCAUCGUAUGGUGUCAAUAAUAACAAUCACACAAAUCAAAAGAGCAGUAGUAGCAAAACACAGUUGCCAAAUAUUAAACCAGAUGAAGGUUCAAGACAUGGCUUUGAGUACAGAGUCGGUAGACAAACAUACAGUAGGACCGAAGUAUUGUUGAAACUUCAGCGGAGACGGAAACACGUUGGACGGCAAGGUGGAGCAGACAGUACCGGUGUAGCUGAUGGGAGACUUAGUAAAGAUUUACCCGGUAUCAAUAUGAGAGAAUCACCUCCCGACUCACGUGAAGCCAGCUCCAUCACUAGACUGACGAACAAUUCAUCAGAUUCUGGGUGUUACAGUAGGGAAUCUACAGGUGCAAAGAGUCGAAGCCCGCCCUCUAAAGGUAGAAAAGUCGACUGUUCCUUGAUAUCCAAAGUAGGUCAAACUAUUGACUCUAGUGUGAGUGAGGUUUCCCUAUACAGCUCAACUGAUAUACAACAUGAAUCCAAUCGACAUAAAGCUCGUAUAGGAUUCGUUGAGGUGGCUACCCCACUCAAUCGAGACAAGGAUGAUGUAGAGAUUCUAGAGGAUCGAUCAGCCAGCACAUCCAGCCCUGUAGUGUCGAACGAUGUCGACAGUGUUUGUGAAGAGCUGCAGAAGAUUGUCCUGCAACGUUCAACACCUCAGAACCUCAUCUGCGAUACUGCAUGUGCUACACACUACCGUGAGGAGAACAACCUCUCACAAGCCUCACACAUCUCAGAUAAAGAUCGGUUGGUGAGGGCUAUGCAAGCUCUUCAACCUCCCGUACCUCACGUCGUGUGGCCAGAGAACAAAUACUACACCCCUCAUACUGUGUUUGUUUACGGCAGUCCGUCCCGGUUGGCACCGAUGGUCAUACCGUCUCAUAGCGUCGAUUGCCCGCAGUGCAAGCUGUACCAAGCAUCCUCAUACGGGGACAUUUGUCCACCUAACAGUCCAACUCCCUGGAUGCAAAAAGAAUACGGGUUUUAUCCAGUGGAGAGACACUUUUUAUCUAAAUGAACUAUUUUAGAA